AUGAGCACCUCUUCAACUUCUUUCAUACCACCUACAUGGCCUGCUACAGUGUUUUAUAUCACCUCAAUUGUUACCCUCCCUCUGUACUUUUUCGUAUUCAUCUGCCUCUUGAGAUUACGUCAGAUUUCAAAAACCUAUAACACAACUUUCUACACUAUCUUGUUGCAACAUUGCAUCGCAGAUUUAUUCGCAAUGACUUUCUAUUUUUUAAUAAUAGUUGCAAGGUCUAUCUCUUUUGUUCGACAAUUUUACUAUGAGUAUCAAGACUAUUAUAUUGCAGCAGCUGCAUACAAUCACAUCUAUUACACACUUUACAUCCGAUGUACUGGAAUAAUUCUGCUCUCUUUUCAAAGAUAUUUGGUCAUUACUCAUCCAAAUUCUCAUUUCACUGAUAGAAUUCAAGCUGCACCGAAAAUGUAUAUCCUUGGUCUCUAUUGGGGUCUUCCAACAAUAAUCAGUUUGGUAGUGUUGAAGGAUACAAAUUUCAAAUAUGACAGUUUGGAAACGAUGGCAGUUGUGGCAGAGCAGGAGGUUAUUCAGAGAAACACAUUGAUGGCCCUUGUUGUUGUCAGCACGACAUGUGUUCUCAGCUCUGUUGCUUAUGGAGCUUUAUUCGUAUUCAUACGCAAACACUCUUUUCGAAUUUCAAAAUCCCUCCGUCGAGAAGUUUCUCUGGCACUUCAAGUUUUCAUUCUACUCUUGGCAUUUUUUGGAAUUCUGGUCUAUUACUCUUUUCAAAAUUAUUUCUCUCAGACUCAUAAUACGGGACCCAUUUAUUACAUGCGUGGAAUCUACCCAAUGGCUAAUGGAUUUCUCUCGUAUAUCAAUCCAUUCUGCAUUUUGUUUUUGAAUAAGGAUCUGACAAAGCAAGUGAUACGAUCAGUGUCUUGUAAGAAAUUGAAAAUGAGUGAUGCUCAAGUAUCGGGAAUUGCCUUAAAUUCAACAAAAGAACAAAGGAAAGGACUCAAUCAAGUUACUUUUUGA